AUGCUGGAAAGCGCCAGAGGACUGCCUGUGUCGUUGCCGGGCGAGAUCAACGCAGCGACUCGCACCCUGCAUACCAACCUCAACCGUCUGAUAACAAGUCGCCUCCCGCUGGGCCUCCCGCCGCACACGCAUGACUCCGCCCUCUAUGCCACCGGUCUCCUACACUUCGCACAUGUCUACCUCACCUUCGAGAGCCUGUGGUCAGAUCUCAUACGCGACCACGUCCGCCCCAGCUCUCCGUCUGCAUCUGCCGUCGAUCUUCCAACCCUACCAACUUCGCCGCUUCUCUCGUACCUUCUAGUCAACCCCUACGACUCGCCCUCCCUCUUUACAUCCACACUAGGCGCUCCCACAUUGCCCUCGCCGCAGCUUGCCGCCUUCCUCUCCACACUGCGUCCUCGGGGACUUCCGCGUUCUGGGCCUCUGAAGAAGGAUCUCGAGUACCUGCUUGGCCUCCAGCCCACGGAUCUAGAGGUUCUCUUGGCCAAAUACCCCGGCGACAAGACAGCAGCUUUCUGUACGCACGUCCGGAGGAGCGUUCACGAGAAGCCAUGGACUCUUGUGGCAUACGCGUGGUGCUUUUACAUGGCCGUUUUUUCAGGAGGGAGAUGGAUAAGAGCAGGACUUCUCAGAGCAGGCAACGAUUUCUGGCCAUCCACACACGAGGAAGACGGUGCGACACUACAAGAGCGUGGACUGGCCUUCUGGCAUUUUCCAGGCCUCCAUGAUGGCGAAGACAUCAAGGCCGAAUUCAAGCUUCGGCUGGAGGAAGCAGAGCACCUAUUCUCGGAUGAUCAGCGCGUGGACGUGAUUGAGGAAGCCAAGAGUAUCUUCCAGCUCUGCGCUGAAGUCGUUGACGAGCUGGAUGACUUGGUCAGCUUGACUCGGGUUCAACAGCUGCAGAGAGACAACGAAAUGGCACAGACUCUACAGGACAAGCCGAUCAACAAACCCCACUUCGCAGACCCUUCCAGUUCCAACCCCAGGCGCGGAUUGGCGUCGGCCGAAUCACUUGCCGUGUUUGUAAGACGGCCGGAGAUCACCAGUACUCUAGUUGCAUUGGGUUGUUUGGUUUGCGUCGCGCUAUUGCCGGCUUGGAAUCCGAAUUUGCUGCAGGACUGGUAA